CGACACUAUAUAAGCUAGGUUUUGCUCUUAGCCCUGACAUUGCCCUGUGCAUUCACUAUCAGUAAGGAUGAAAAUAAUCAGUCUUGCUUUAUUUAUCUGUGUGGUCUGUGGUAAAGGCGACGCGGGCGCAAAGGAUGGGCGGCAACAGCGAUUGCUAUUUUACGACGAGGAUGGUAACUUGGUGAAAACAUUCCCCAGUCCCUACCCAAACAACCCGUUCUUACAGAACUUGAGGCUCAACACUGGACACUGGCCUUACUACGGGAGUUUCUUGAAUCCAUUCUUCGGUUUUAUUAAAGACUUCGGCAACAUAUUCUCCUUGACCAUCCCAGUAUCAAACGAAGUAAUAAAACAAAUGCAGAAAGACCCAUCAUACCACAACAAGCUAAUGCUCACUCACACUCCAGACCCGAUUAUUGAGCCGAACCCUCUCUGUGAGGGCAAGAGGGCACAGAUUCCCUCACCGAAACUUUGUAAUAACUACCUUAACUGUUGGGAUGGAUGGGCAGUGGAGCAGGAGUGCCCACAGGGACUGCUGUUCUCUAAUCAAGGGUACUGUGACUAUUCUGAUAAUGUGAACUGCGAGAGUAGGAAAUUACGAGAACAGCCUCCAACCCAACCACAAUGCAAGAAGGACUUCGAAGCGUUCCGAAGUGCUCUCAACUGUAACGAGUUCUUCAUUUGUGUUGGACGACAGCCGGUGAAGUUUAAGUGUCCUGCUGACCUUUCAUACAACCAGCAACUUGGCGUCUGCGACUAUCCAACAAGAGUGGACUGUACAUCAACUGCCAUCAACGCCGAAGUCUUUGCUCCUCAAUCAACAUCAAUCGCACCAGCUGCACCAACUGCUGCACCGUUUGCACCUCCUGCACCUGCAGCAUCCACUGCCGCUCCACCUGCAUCUAUUGCUCCACCUAGUGCACCUACUACAGCAUUUAACCCACCAUCACCACCCAUUGUAGCUGCCGCACCCCCAUCAAUUAUCAAACCUGAUGGAAUCGAUACUAUAUUCUCUCAGAACUCCAUAGUCAACACCCAAAGUUGGACUUCCACCAACAUAGCCAUGUCUCGCCAGGACGCCAUUCGCCAACUGCAGCUCGGCAAUAUCGUCAAAGCCGAUAUUUAAUUACUCAUUAAUUGUAAUUAUUACAACUAUAGGCUUUGCUACCUCUACUGCCAUAUCUAGUUUUACAUUAGUCUUGCUUGACAAGAGACAAAACAAGUCAUGUUCUUGUACCACUUUAACUAAAAUAUUGCAACACUAACAGGCCAUGUUCAAAUACAUAUCAAUAAGUAGAAUUGAGAAAUUAAUUGGUCAUAAAUCUAGUUUGGCUACAAGGUGUCUGCCUAGAUUAAUAUUAAUAUCUUAUUUAAGACUUGCUCUAACAGCAAAUUGCAUUUUAAUUUAUUGAAAUGAUUACUUAAUAAACUAUCUAAUCAUUUG